AUGGCUUACCAACAACAACACCCCCACCACCACCACCAUCUUCAUCAGCAACAGCAGCAGCAAGGAGGGGCUCAGCUGUUCAAUUCCCCAUUCGGGGACACGACGUUGACGAAGGUGUUUGUGGGUGGGCUGGCCUGGGAAACCCAAAGCGACACUCUACGACGUCACUUUGAGCAGUUCGGCGACAUCCUCGAGGCCGUCGUGAUCACCGAUAAGAACACCGCUCGAUCCAAAGGCUAUGGCUUUGUCACAUUUCGUGAUCCUGAUUCUGCAAGAAGGGCUUGUGCGGACCCCAACCCUGUGAUUGAUGGCCGCAGAGCUAACUGUAAUCUUGCUUCUCUGGGUCGGCCUCGACCUUCUUUCCCAUUUCAUGGGCAACUGAGAUCAGCAGCUCCAAUCCUUGGUCGUGUGCAGACACCUAGAGCUGCUUACAUGGGGAGCCCAAACCCUGCUUACCACCACCCUCUUCCUCAUGGUUACCAGCCUGGAUUUGUAUACCCUUCCUAUGGGUACACAGCAUAUGGACCUGAGUAUGUCUACCCACAGGGUGCCUACAGUCCUUACAUGAAUCAGCAAUACCUUCAGAUAUAUGGGGUACCGGGCACAGUAAACCCUGGUGCAUAUCCAUACGGACAAUUGGGUCAUUCUCUCUCCGGCACUCAUGGCUAUGCAGCGGUUCAAAGCUAUGGAGUUCCAGGCCAUCAUAUAAUGCAAUUUGGCGGCUCCAAUGUCAGUGGAGCAUCCCCAGCUUCCAUCCCCACAAUUCAAACACCAUAUCCUACAGGUUUAGCUGCACCAGCUCCAGGACAGGCGCAACUUAUACUUCCUACUAAUUCUCCUCAAUUCACCAGUGGUUCCGAUCAAACUGCCGGUUGA